CGCACAUCUGGAAAUAAUCAAGGGCCGAGAGAGAAGGAGGAGGGAGCUCUGUUGGAAAAAGGGAGCAAAGCGAAAGGUGAAACCUCCAAGAUGGAAAUUAUAUAAAGUCAGUUUAAGUUCAGAAUCGGGAGAAAAGAGGAAAGUUAACCAGGGGGGAAAGGCGGGCGGACACGAUCGACCAGAGGAGAAAGAGGAAGAGAAGGAAGGAAAUCAGGUUGAAAAAGCCUCCAGUGUGAAGAAAAGGAAAAAGCAAGAAAAGAUCCCAACCAGAAGAGAAAGGGGGUUUUAAAAAGAGGAGACCGAAGGAGUUAAAACCUGUUCUCAAGAUGUCGGCUUCUCGAAGGUGUCUGUGCUGCGUCAAAUACUUGAUGUUCAUCUUUAACCUCAUCUUCUGGCUAGGAGGAUGUGGAUUGUUUGGCGUUGGCGUCUGGCUGUCCUUCACCCAGGCAGAGUUUUCCUCUCUCCCUCUGUCCUUCCCGUCGCUCUCGGCUGCAAAUCUGCUGCUGGUCGCCGGUGGAAUAACGAUGGUGACGGGCUUCCUGGGUUGUCUUGGGGCCCUUAAGGAGCAGCGCUCCCUGUUGGUCAUGUUCUUUGUGAUCCUCUUGCUCCUGGUCCUGACAGAGGUCGCUCUAGUGUUGGUUGUACACAUCUUCCACGACGAGCUGAAUACAAAAGCACAAGAUAAAUUAAAGGAAGGUAUUAAGAGUUACAACUCAGACCCUGGACUGAAAAAAUCCUGGGACAGCGUCCAGAAAAUGUUCAAGUGCUGCGGAGUGUCCAACAAAACAGACUGGCACAACGUGAUGAAUGAAACGCUGCCUUCGUCCUGCUGCUUGGUCGAGACAACACCUUGUUCCGAAGGAUGGGACGAGCCGUGCUAUGAGAAGGCCAAAGAGUGGCUGCUGAAUAACAUCACCUCCGUCCUGGUGUUUGGAGUGUGCAUUGGUGUUGUUCAGAUCUUGGCCCUGGUCUUCUCCAUGCUGAUGUACUGUCAAAUCCUCUGCGCCGAGAAACACUUGGACUGAACACAAGACCAGAGACUGACUGGCUCAGUGAUAGGAAAGUUCAUCGAGAAAGAACUUCUCAUCCAACAUUUUUUUUUUUUUACUUUUAAAUCCCCCAAAUUGAGACUGGGGGUGCUCAGCUCAGUGGCUUACUUUGGGUUCGGACCUAAAAUGCCCUAAAAGCAUCUGUCAGUGGCUGGUAAAACUUUUAUUAUCUAGGAGCUAAUACGUUACCAUUCUUUCCAUAGAAAAAUGAAUAUGAUACCAGCAACUGUAUUUCUGCAUCAAGAAGAGAGGCAAGGAAAACGUAAUGAAACUUUUCACAUUCCGUGUUCAUAUUGUCAGUAUUUGUAUGAUUCAUCUAAAGUAUGGAGCACGGGAGACCUUUCAAUUUAUUAACCUGCUGUAUGUUAAGACUGGCACUAAAAUGGGGGAAGAUGCUUUCGAUAAGUAGGCCUACUGUAGUAAAAGACCAACACGAUUCAUGUUAAUAAUUUCAUGCAAUGUAUAUUAUUUCUUCAAUACAUGAACUCCUAAAAUGUAUCCGGUUCAUAUCAUUUUACAGCCAUGUCCAAUAUACAUUGUUAUUAUUAUCAUUUCACAUUCAAUAUAUAUAUAUAAUGUCUAAUCAACCAAUGAUUGUGCAACUCCCCUUGUUGAAAACCUAUGACUUAUAGGAUUCUGCAUUGGUCUCUGUCCUUAUCAUCCACAAAUUAAUCUAAUUUUCUGUUGUUUUUUUAAAAUUUUUUUAUUCAAACAUAUGCUGUAGUUAACAUUUUAUGUUGUAGUUCAACAAUACUCGUUUGGCGUUAGUGAUAUAGAGACUUGAAACAUAUUUUAUAAUUAAAACAACAUUAAUUUAAGCCUUGAACAUAUAUAUAGUUAUAUAUAUUUGGGAUAUUCUCGGGUGUUUCAAGCACAAAAUCUAAAGGCAGAGUAAAUUGAAGAAUAAGACAACUAUAGAUGCACACAUGUUGAACAGGGGUGGUGAGCGUCCACUAUGGGGAUUUAUAGAUUUAAAAAAAAGAUGCAGGUAGUUUAUCAUGGUUCUGUGAUUCUUUUACUCAGAAUUAAUAUUGAGAAUCAUAAGGAUUUCUGGUAAAUAACUGGAGGGAGGAAUGAUAAGAAGCAUAAUCUUAAGAUUGAUAUAAAGACUGCUUUAAUUAUACAUUUCCUAAUAUUCAAAGGGAAUCGAUUUAUGUGUAAUAAAUCUUUGCCUCCGUUAGGUGGUAAAUAUGUAGAUAUCUACAUUCUGCGACACUCUCACUAUUGCUACCGAUCAAUAUGAAUAUCUGUCCCUACCUGAUGUUCAAAAAGAAAAGGAGAGAUAAUUAGUUGUGCUUCGCAUUAAUUAAUCUGUACAGAUUGAGCUACCGCAACAAUAAAGCACAAGAAUGGACUUUUAAGGUAAUAAUCAAACGCCAUUUCAAUAUUGUUGAUUUAAGAAGUAAAACUAUAAGUGUGAAAAAAAUAAAAAUUCCAGGCUAUAUCCUUAACAAUUGUGCAUCCUGAAUAGAAGAAAAACAGGAGUGGAAGCUUGUUCAAUCCAAGCCAUGGAUACAAUCUAAUAAUAAAACCUGCUAACUUUACAGAAACGCAGCAGUCGACAAAUAAGGACAAAACAUUUUAAUACACAAGCAUACAAAACAUUUUGGAGUCUUUUAAGUUCAGCAUACAAAAACAUUUUGUACAGUUGGCGUGCUCUUCAAACUUUUGACAACUUUUAAUACUGAAAUCUGAUGCAAUGCACUUUGUUUUUAAAUAAAUAAACAUGUUAAUUUCUCACAAAUUAACCUGGCAUGAUUCACACUGCAAUGAUUAAACGAUACACUUUCCUUUAAUCCCGUCUGCCUGUUUUUUGCCUGCAAAGAUUUCACAAUAAAAGCUGUGUUUAGUUCUUCUUCUA